GUAAUUCUAAUUAAAGGUCAAUGAAUUCGACCUCAAGUUAUUCCUACAUCACUUUCAUUAUAUGUCUUUAACAUUAUAUUGAUUACAAUGGAAAAAGAAGAUAUUGUGCCCACCAUUAUUGAUACAGUACCGGCGGAAAUUCUUGAGGUUACAUUUCCCAAUGGGCUGAAAGUUGAGUUAGGAAAUGAGCUUACUCCUACUCAAGUGAAAGAUGAACCCUACAUAAAGUGGAAUACUGACAGUUGUACUCUGUAUACGGUAGUUAUGAUUGAUCCAGAUGCACCUUCUCGUCAAAAUCAAUCAUCUGGACAAGUACUACAUUGGCUUGUAGGAAACGUAGGUGGAAAUGAUAUUAAAAGCGGACAACUCAUUGCAAAGUACAUAUCAUCAGCACCUCGUGAGAAAACGGGUUUACAUAGAUACAUAUAUCUUAUUUAUAAGCAACACGGAUUUAUCGAUUACUCUGAAUUAGAAAUAAGUUGCUUAAAUCACCGAUUGAAAUGGAAUGUAAGAAAUUUUGCGAAGAAAUACAAUUUGGGGCAACCUAUCGCUGGUAAUUUCUAUCAAGCCCAAUACGAUGAAUACGUUCCAAUAAUACAUAGUAGGAUAAGAAAGUAACUUGGGAACUUGAUAUAAAAUUCGUAACAGAAAUUUCAAAUUAUACAAUAAUUAUUAGAAGGUAUAAUAUGUAAAUCCAACUUGAAGGCUUUAAAUUUCCAAAACCAUUAUUGUGGCUUAGCGUACCUGAAUUAGUUACAAAGAUUUAUGUUAAUAAUAAUAAUGUAACCAUUAUACUGUUACCUACGGGAUAUGGAAGCUAUAACUGAAAUUAUUGAAAAAUAUCUAUGUAUAUUGCUCUGUUCUUCACUUUUUGAUCUUCGACCACUGUUGGUGUAAUAUAUAUGCAAUAUAUUUGCGUUUUAACUUUG